AUGAAAAUAUUGUAUGUAAUCUCUCUCUCUCUCUCUCCUCCGUCGCGAUACUCUCUCGCUCUAAUGGCGGCGACUCAUAUUCACAUAUUACCAAAUGCUAAAACCCCAACGUCUCACCAAAAACUUCCUCUCUGGUUCUCUCCCGAGACCGGGAUCUACACCAGCAAAUUUCCCUCCCUACAACUCCCCGUUGACCCAAAUCUCGACGCCGUCUCCGCCCUUUUCUCCCACAUACACGGCGUCGAUGAUGCUGCUUCUUCCGCCUUCGUCGAUUCCUUAACCGGGUUUUCCAUAUCUUACAGUGAGCUCCAGAUCAUGGUCAAAUCAACAGCGGCCGGGAUUUAUCACGGUUUGGGCGUUCGCCAAGGCGACGUCGUUUCGCUCGUGCUGCCUAAUUCCGUCUACUUUCCGUUGAUCUUCCUCUCGUUGAUUUCCCUUGGCGCCAUUGUUACCACCAUGAAUCCUUCGAGUAGUCUGGGAGAAAUCGAGAAGCAGGUGAGUGAGUGUAAUGUUGGUUUAGCGUUUACUUCUCCUAAAAACGCCGAGAAAUUGAGUUCCCUUGGGAUCGUGGUGAUUAGGGUACCUGAAAGUUACGAUUUUGAUUCGAUUCGAAUCGAAAACCCGAAGUUCUACUCGAUGAUCAAAGGAGAUUUCGGAUCUGUACCAAAACCAUUGAUUAAGCAGGACGAUGUAGCUGCGAUUAUGUAUUCCUCCGGAACAACAGGAGCUAGUAAAGGAGCUCUGUUAACUCAUAGGAAUCUGAUAGCGACGAUGGAGCUUUUUGUGAGAUUUGAAGCUUCGCAAUACGAAUAUCGAGGCUCGAGUAAUGUUUAUCUAGCAGCUUUGCCAUUGUGUCAUAUCUACGGGUUAUCACUCUUUGUGCUGGGACUGUUGUCUCUUGGAUCAACCGUCGUUGUUACGAGGAGGUUCGAUGCUUCUGAGGUCAUUGACGUAAUCGGAAGGUUUAAGAUCACUCACUUCCCGGUCGUCCCUCCGAUGUUGAUGGCACUGACGAAGAAGGCAAAAGGAGUUUGUGGCCAAGUGUUUCAAAGCUUAAAGCAGGUUUCCUGUGGAGCAGCUCCUUUAAGCAUGGAGUUCAUUGAGGAUUUCCUUGAGACUCUUCCUCAUGUCGACUUGAUUCAGGGAUAUGGCAUGACUGAAUCAGCCGCAGUUGGAACACGAGGCUUCAACUCUCAGAAGCUUAAGAAGUAUUCUUCUGUCGGACUUCUUGCUCCGAAUAUGCAAGCCAAGGUUGUAGAUUGGAGCUCUGGUUCUUUCCUUCCACCAGGAAAACGAGGGGAGCUCUGGAUUCAAGGUCCAGGAGUCAUGAAAGGAUACUUGAAUAACCCAGAAGCAACCAAGAUGACAAUUGUUGAAGAUAGUUGGCUACGUACUGGGGAUAUUGCUUAUUUUGAUGAAGAUGGUUACUUGUUCAUUGUUGACCGUAUGAAGGAGAUCAUAAAAGCCCCAGAUGAAGAAUGUGGAGAGAUUCCGGUAGCAUUCGUUGUCCGGAGUCAAGAAACAACACUUUCAGAACAAGAUGUAAUAAGCUAUGUAGCUGCUCAGGUUGCGCCGUACAAGAAGGUGAGGAAAGUGGUGAUGCCCGAUACUUGUCUUUGCGCACAAGAAAAAUGGUUUACUAAACAGGCAAGAUCGAGGCUUUUGCUUCUGUUUCUUCGAAUUCUUCUUCUUCCGAAAAAAUCUGCCAUGGCUGCUCUACAGUACCUCGAAUCGCAGAAAAAUGCGCAUCCAGAGCUUGGGGAGUGGUACAAUUCCCUAGCAGAUCUGUACCAGAAGAAGCUCUGGCACCAGCUCACCCUUAAGCUCGAGCAGUUCAUCGCUCUCUCUGUCUUUCAGGCUGGAGAUGCUUUGAUACAGUUUUACCACAACUUCAUCACUGACUUUGAGACGAAGAUCAAUCCUCUGAAGCUUGCGCACUUCGCGGUUGUGGUCUCCCGGCAGUACACUGAGAAAGAAGCCGCGGUUAGUUAUCUUGAAGGAGUGAUUGAAAAGCUUAGAGCCACUAAAGAGUCGCGGAUAAACGAGCCGAUAAGCUAUAUAGAGACACAGAUAGCUUUGUUCAAGCUUGAGCAAGGUGGCCAGAAGGAGUGCAAGAAGAUAUUGGACGAUGUGAAAAGCUCUCUCGAUAGCAUGACCGACAUCGAUCCAUCAGUCUAUGCCAACUUCUUCUGGGUGUCUUCUCAGUACCAUAAAUACCGUCAAGAGUUUUCUGAUUUCUAUAAGAAUGCUCUUCUUUACCUCGCUUAUACAUCUGUGGAGUCACUCUCGGAAUCGUUUAAGUUGGAUUUGGCUUUUGAUCUGUCGCUUUCGGCUCUACUGGGAGAUAAUAUCUACAACUUUGGGGAACUGUUAGCACAUCCAGUUUUGAAGAGUCUGCUUGGAACAAAUGUGGAAUGGCUUUACCACAUUCUACAGGCGUUCAACCACGGUGAUUUAGUCCAGUACCAAGAACUCUGCCGCGUGCACAACGCGUCCUUGAGCGCUCAACCAGCACUGGUUGAGAACGAGAAGAAACUAUUGGAGAAGAUCAACAUUCUCUGCCUUAUUGAGAUCAUUUUCAGCCGACCAGCUGAAGAUAGGACCAUACCUUUGACUGUCAUUGCUGAGCGUACAAAACUUUCAAUCGAAGAUGUUGAGCACCUUCUCAUGAAGAGCUUAUCCGUGCACUUGAUAGAGGGAAUAUUAGAUCAGGUGGAUGGAACGGUACAUGUGUCGUGGGCGCAACCGAGGGUGCUUGGGAUCCCACAGAUCAAGUCAUUGAGGGAUCAGCUAGAUAGUUGGGUCGAUAAGCCUGUGAGGGACACUCGUGAGAAGCAAAUACAGCUCUGGAAAGAACUUAUUUUGGAUUACUGCAAAACCCAAAAGGUUUUCUUGAUUGGCGUUGAAGAAGACUUCCCUCUCUUCUCAAACACUUCCAUUGAUAGAACUCUAAGCCAUGAAGCAAGGGAAACAUUCCUAUCUGGCAUUGUUGGAGAAGGGCGUGCGGAGUGGUUAGAUAAAGGACAUAGGAAAUGUCUGAUUCUGUGGCACCGGAUUCAAGAUUGGGCAGACAUUAUUCUUCAGUUUGUGAGAGAGAAUGGAUUAGAGGACAGUGUUAUGACUGUUGAAGAAAUACGUUCAGGGACUGAAUCACAUGGAACAGAACUUCAAGGGAUCGAUCGUACAAUUCUAAUGAGGGCCUUGAAGCUGCUUGAGAACAAGGGCAAGCUUGCAUUGUUUAAAGGAACAUCAGCAGAUGAUGAAGGCGUCAAGUUCUCUACACCUUACGAGCUGUCUUGUUAUGUCUUCUUGAAAGCAUUUCCUGAUGCUCUUCACUUUUGCUACUUUACCUUCCCGAGACCGCUCUUGAUCAACUGUUCUCUUCUACAGUCUUGA